CGUUUCAUUAAAUUAUGCAGAAAAGAAACUGUGUCCACCAACUACAUUAGUAACUCGGAAUUACAAGAUGCAUUGAAGCUAAUAAUCAAAAUUUCUCAAAAAGAAUCAUUUCCAGAGUAUACACUUUUAUUAAAUCAACAACCGUUACCAAAGAAAAGUCAAUUACUUAAAUUUAACGUUUUCUUGGACGAUGAUAACAUCAUGCGUGUUGGUGGCCGAUUAUUUAAUUCACAGUUUUCUUAUGAUAAAAAGCACCCUAUUAUAAUACAGUCCACACAUCAUUUCACAAAGCUAUUGUUUAAUUAUGAACAUUUAAAACUUAAGCACGCAGGUCCCCAAUUGCUAUAGGCCUCAAUUAGAGAGAUGUAUUGGCCAAUUGGUGGCCGUAAUUUGGCUAAGAACUGCUACCACCAUUGCAUACGGUGCACCCGCAUGAAGGGCCAGGUGACUGCUCCACUCAUGGGCAAUUUACCGCCAAACCGGGUUCUCCCUGAUGGUUUUCCGUUCCAGUCAGUCGGAGUUGACUAUGCGGGACCGAUUCUUUCUGCUAGCCGCCAAGGUCGCGGUUGCAGGUUGAUAAAGGUAUACAUUGCACUCUUUAUAUGCUUCGCCACAAAGGCUGUGCAUAUUGAGCUGGUGGGUGACUUAACCAGUAACAAUUAUUUAUCAGCACUGCGUCGAUUCAUUGGGCGUAGGGGUAAACCAAAAAAUAUUUACUCUGACAUCGGUCUAUCAUUUGUUGGUGCACAUAAUGAGUUGGCAAAGUUUUUAAAGAGUAAUUGUGACUCAUUGUCAUCAGCAGCAGCCAAUGAAGAGAUUGAAUUUCAUUUUAUCCCGUCGUAUUCACCACACUUCGGUGGCUUAUGGGAGGCAGGUGUUAAGUCAACAAAAUAUCAUUUGCAACGAGUGUUGGGAAAUUGUAAUCUUACUUUCGAGGAUCUUUAUACAGUACUUGUCCAAAUUGAGGCAAUCCUCAAUUCCCGACCACUUACACCUCUCUCGUCGGAACCUGAAGAUCUCAUGCCUCUCACGCCAGGACAUUUUAUCAUCGGCCGACCACUGACUUCUUUGCCAAGCCAAGACUACCAGGAUGUUUCAAAUAACCGUCUAACUCGAUUCCAGCAAAUUGAGAAACUUCGACAGCAUUUUUGGUGCAGGUGGAGCAAGGAAUAUGUCUCCGAGCUUCAAUUGAGAAGCAAAUGGCGUACUAAUACGGAUGCUCUGAAGAUGAACUCCUUAGUACUUCUUAAGGAGGACAAUUUACCACCAUUAAAAUGGAGGUUGGGUCGAGUAGUAGCUGUAUUCCCUGGCACUGAUGGUAUCAAGAGAGUGGCCGACAUCAAGACUUCUUCAGGAAUUGUAAGAAGAUCUUUUAGCAAGAUUUGUCCUCUUCCGGUAAUCAACACAUCUGGUUGAAAGGCAAGCUUUCAACGGCCGGGGGUAUGUUGAAGAUCACAAAAAUAUUUACUUAUCUACUUUAUAUUAAAAGCCUGAACCAAUUGUUUAUGCAAACCUUUAACACUUGUGAUUGCUUUAAGGUUUAUGUUAGGCGUUCAUAUAUGUGUCAAGGAAGGGCUUUUCCCUUUUUUUUUAUUACAAGCUGAACUGUCAAGAAUCAA